UAAAAAUUUGUUAAAGGCACAUAUAAUUAAGAGAGUUUUAUUUUAAUAAGGUCAUACUGUUUUUAUUAUAUUUAAACAUCCUUCAUUUCUGAAUAGAGCAUAUAAUCGUAUCUCAGUCACUAGAAUUUCACUGGGUGUUUUUUGUUGGCUUCCACAGCUUGGGAAAAAUUAAUAAUUACUUGAAUUUCUUGUAAUACUAUUUUUUAUAUAUACAACAGUAGUUGGCAUCUUAAUUGCAUCUUCAUUAAGAAAAAUAAAAAGCAUAAGACACAACUUCUGCUUACUGUGAAUAAACAUCUAAAUGGUAAGAUAACAUUACAGUCUGCCACUUGAGUACUGUAUUUCUAUGUGAGCAUUACCAGGCAUCCGCCUAGUGGCUCCGUUUAAAGUCGAGAGAAGCUCGACCCUUGAGUCCCCACUACCCCUCCGCCCAGCGCAGGCGUUUUUCCUCCCGCCCCAUUUCGACGUUUCUCCGCCCCGCCCCGCCCCUUCGCCGGGCGGAGGGAACCAGUCCCGCCCCUUCGUGGCCUUCUUUACUUUCCUGCGACCCCGUCGCCUAGAGUGACGUAACGAACCUCGACCGCUGUCAUUGGUCCAUUUCAAUAGUCGCGGGAUACUUGAACUGCAUGAACAGCGGCCGCUCCGGCGGGCUGCUUGCUACAACUCGGGGGCGUCUUUGGCCCGCCACGCCUGUCCGUGUUUGGCCGUGCCUGCCCGCGCCUUUCACGACCCCAUUGGUCUUACGUGGUCCGGAGCCGGGUGAGCAGGCAGGCGGGCAGGCUGGCCUGAGCUGCAGCGGGCAGCUACGGCUGGAGUGUUCCUCGGCUGAGUUGGCGCAACUGGUCGGCGGGCGGGGAGUGCACGCUGCUGCUGCUUGGCGCCGCAGGCUGAUCCCGCCGUCCGCCCCCGGGAGCAGUGAUGUUGGGCAGCUCUGCGACGGGGCCUGCAGCCCGCGAGGCAGGCUCGGCACUGCUAACAUUGCAGCAGACGGCACUCCAGGAGGAUCAGGAGAACAUCAACCCGGAGAAAGCAGCGCCUACCCAGCAGCCUCGGACCCGGGCCGCGCUGGCUGUACUGAAGGCCGGUAACACGCGGGGUCUAGCGCCACAGCAGAGGCCCAAGACGCGACGGGGUGCACCUCUUAAGGACCUUCCUAUAAAUGAUGAUCAUGUCACUGUUCCUCCUUGGAAAACAAAUAGUAAACAGCCUGCAUUCACCAUUCAUGUGGAUGAAGCAGAAGAAACUCAAAAGAGGCCAGCAGAAUCGAAGAAAACAGAACAUGAAGAUGUCCUGGCUUUUAAUUCAGCUAUUACUUUACCUGCACCACGAAAACCACUGGCACCCCUUGAUUAUCCAAUGGAUGGCAGUUUUGAAUCACCACAUACUAUGGACAUGUCAAUUGUAUUAGAAGAUGAAAAGCCACUGAGCGUUAAUGAAGUACCAGACUACCAUGAGGAUAUUCAUACAUACCUUAGGGAAAUGGAGGUUAAGUGUAAACCGAAAGUGGGUUACAUGAAGAAACAGCCAGACAUCACUAACAGUAUGAGGGCUAUCCUGGUGGACUGGUUAGUUGAAGUUGGAGAAGAAUAUAAACUACAGAAUGAGACUUUGCAUUUGGCUGUGAACUACAUUGAUAGAUUCCUUUCUUCGAUGUCUGUGUUAAGAGGAAAGCUUCAGCUUGUGGGCACUGCUGCUAUGCUGUUAGCCUCAAAGUUUGAAGAAAUAUACCCCCCAGAAGUAGCAGAGUUUGUGUACAUUACAGAUGAUACCUAUACCAAGAAACAAGUUCUGAGAAUGGAGCACCUAGUUUUGAAAGUCCUUUCUUUUGACUUAGCUGCACCAACAGUAAAUCAGUUUCUUACCCAAUACUUUUUGCAUCUGCAGCCUGCAAACUGCAAAGUUGAAAGUUUAGCAAUGUUUUUAGGAGAAUUAAGCUUGAUAGAUGCUGACCCAUACCUAAAGUAUUUGCCAUCAGUUAUUGCUGGAGCAGCCUUUCAUUUAGCACUCUACACAAUCACGGGACAAAGCUGGCCUGAAUCAUUAGUACAGAAGACUGGAUAUACUCUGGAAAGUCUUAAGCCUUGUCUCAUGGACCUUCACCUGACCUACCUCAAAGCACCACAGCAUGCACAACAGUCAAUAAGAGAAAAGUAUAAAAAUUCAAAGUAUCAUGGUGUUUCUCUCCUCAAUCCACCAGAGACACUAAAUCUGUAACAGUGAAAAGACUGCCUUUGUUUUCUAAGAUGUAAAUCACUCAAAGUAUAUGGUGUACAGUUUUUAUCUUUGGUUUUAAUUUUACAAUCAUUUCUGAAUACAGAAGUUACGGCCAAGUACAAAUUAUGGUAUCUAUUACUUUUUAAAUGGUUUUAAUUUGUGUAUCUUUUGUACAUGUAUCUUAGAUAUUUGGCUAAUUUUAAGUGAUUUUGUUAAAAGUAUUAAUGAUGCCAGCUGUCAAGAUAAUAAGAAUUAAUAAAUUGAUUUGGAAAACUUUG